AUGAUGGCAACGGAUCCCAUACAUGAUCUGGACAAUGUCUUUGAUGACCAUCCGUCCCUCGACGCCUCGCUAGAAGACUUUGAAGAACAGUACGCGCACCGGUCGCCGUUCUUCGGUCUUCCGUCGCAACAUUCCGGCUUCCGCUCGGGUAUUUCAGAGGCUUCUCCAUCUGAGCAAGAUGGGAACAUCUCUCGGUCAAGCAGCCCAUGGUCUCCGCCUGGUCUACGGGCCACAUUCACCAGGCCAGAAUAUCAAACGCCCAAACAGCAUUCAGCUCUAGGGUAUCACCCAGCAAUGAUGGCUGGCGCAGCAUGGUACAGACAGCAGCCGUACAUGCGUAACCAGCCCGACUUCAAACCAGAGCAUUUGCAACCACACAGCCCUGGGACACGGUCCAGGGAAGUCAGUCCGCAGUAUGAGGAUGCGCCUGAGAAGCCGACAUCGACGACCACAGCAACAGUGACGCUGAAGGAAGAGACAAGUGAACUAAUAUUACCAGCUACCAUACCACUGCCCCAGGGAACAGAUUCACCGGUCAAAGGCCGUUCUCCAAGUCCGUCUCCAGAAAGCAGAACAGAAGCAGCCCCAAAGGCGGCAGCAACUUCAACUAUAGAAGCGGACGAGAGGAACAAAGGUGAUAAACACGAGUUCAAGGCAGUCUCUGACUGCAAACCGGAGAAAGAGCCUGAGUCGAUUACGAAUUAUAUCCGAUUUGCAGUCCGCGCUGAAGUCCAACAUCGCGAACCCUUUGUCGCAUUCUUCAACUACAUGGGAGCAAAGUUCGAUUCGAUGACACAGACCAGAUCGUCGACAUUACUCUCCGUGGCGGUUGCGCUGAUAUCACUUACAUUCAUGCGGGCAUUAUUUUUGCCGCCGCCGCUGCCACCUGUGCCAGACAUUGUCAAGUUAUCCAGCUUCACAAGGUCAUUUGAGCCGCUGAUAUAUUAUUCAGAGAAUGGUGUGCAACAGAUUGGGACGUUGCAGGAGACUGGGGUUGCAGUAUGGGACCUGGCUGAGUCCGUACGGGGAACAAACAUGACAAGUGCCCCGAUCAUAGUGAGAGAACUAGACGAGCUGUCUCAAUCGCUGAACUCGCUCUCGCUGGAGCUCACGCGGUUCUUCGCCAAUGUCGACGCAGACAUUGAUUCCAUUCUAAUCGUAAUGGAAUGGGCACGAAGAGAGCUCGAAGCACUCUCAUCUCAACCACCCAAUACCCUAUCGUCGAUAUUCUUCGAUAAUUUCCACAACAUGCUGUCACGUCUGGGUGUGCUUGAAACACUACCAACCAGCCUAUCGGCCAAUGCAAGCCACGGGCUCAGCAACGAAACAAUGGCCGACAUGCCCGUUGCACCCAUCCCCACACGUCUGGGCUCGUUGAUAACGGCACUAUUCGGCCGCACCCGUUCACAGCGCACCCAGCUAACACUAACCCACGCCUUCACCGAGCUGCUCUCGGUGCUUGAAGAAAGCAUAAACAACGAACUAACCCACUCCACCUCCCUUUUCACCCUCUUCGAGUCCAUAGACAGACAAUUCCUCAACCUGCAGCGCACCGUUGUUCGAGAAUCCAAUGCCCAAGAGCGCGCCGAGGGAGAACUGCUUUCAUCCCUAUGGACUCGCGUCCUGGGCUCUAAUGCGAUGGCACUGCGCAAAUAUGAGAAAAACCGACGCCUGCUUUCCUCUGUGCGCCAGCGGACCGUCGCCAACAAGCAUUUACUCAUGGACCACCGAGGCAGACUCCUCGCACUGAAAGCAAACCUCGAAGCCCUCCGGCGCAAGCUUGUCAGCCCCCUUCUCAGAGGCGGCAAUAGUUCAAUGGGCAUGACGCUUGGUCCGUUGGUGGGGAUAAGUACCACCUCCGCACAUGGCAGUGGUGUCGGAGGCUCAGGUGAAGAUGCAGUUGGCGGAGAGAAUGCGAUGGAGAUGAUUAUCCAUGGACAGAUAAAGGGGCUGGAUGGAGCGCACGAUUACCUUAAGGAAGUCAGGGAUAAGCAGAAAGCUAAGUUGAUGGAGAUGGUGUAUGGCGCUGGUCGACGAGUUGGAGGGAAUGCGCUGGUUGAUGGCGAUGCAGACGGGGAGGGCGAAGGCGAGAAGGCUGACAUCGAGGACAUGGAAGAGAAGUGA